AUGUCCGAAGCCCCACACUCACGCUACAAUCUUCGAAAAAGAAACCCCGUCGAUAAUGACGUUUUCGAAGAACUGGAAAAGUUCUUGAGUGAGCAACGCAAUAUUCCCCGGGUAAGAAAGCCACGAACAGGUGGAGGAGCAGGAAAGCCACGAAGAGGCAAAGGAGGAAGAAAGCCACGGAAAGGUAAAGGCAAAGCCUCACAGGGACCAUCAACGCCAGAUUCGUUUACAACAAAGAUCCACGUCAAAUUUAUCGCAGACAUCCAAGAAGAAUCAGAUCAACAGUCCGAGGAAGCCUCAACAGAAAGUGCCGCCAACAUGUCCGAUUGGUAUCGCUCCUCCCAUAGCGAGGCGGAUCUCAAACCUGGGGAGUCUCACUCUAACAGACAUUUCUAUUACCAGCGGACCGGACCUCCCAGGCCCGAUUGCUUGUUCGCUGCCAAUGUUGAGGUAGUAAACAAGGUGCCGGUGGAUACCAUCGUUGACCCCAGAUACAUGCCGUCAGAUGAUGAUACCGGUGAUGAUUUUCGUCAGAAAUGCUACUUCCCGCUCGCGCGCGAGGACCUGGGAACGCAUCAGGGUCUAUAUUUCAGUUACUACAUUGGAAAAGGAACCUUCAAUGUCCCUGGUGGUCAAGCGAUUGGCGUUCCUCUCGCCGUUUGCACUGUGAGAUUUAUCCUCCUCGUGAGCUGGUACCUGAAGCUGAACAACCUGCAGUGCAAACCGAAGCUCGGACGAGCUGGCAUCGCCCAGUCUGAGAUCCCGGGACUUUUGUUCCAAGCCAACAUGGCCUUCGAAUUCGAAAGUAAUCACGAGCAAUAUCCUGCAUAUGUCAUCAGCGUGCGAGGUUGGAAAAUCCGCUUCGUCAAAGGUAUCAUGACCCAGCAGGAAGUUGCCCAUCUCCAAGAUAAGGAAAAGCUAUCAGGGAGGAUCAAGGUGCAGCGAACUGGGGCGUACGAUCUCUAUUACCGCAACGAGCGCAAGGAGUUUAUCCGAGUUAUGCUAGGCUUGUUGCGGUCAUUCAAAGAUCGACGCGAAGCAGACUUUUCUACCCAACUGCUCUGA